AUGAAUCGUAUGCGAGACCUGAAAGUGGAGAUAGAAGGUGCUUACAAGGAGGAAGAAACCUAUUGGAAGGAAAUAUGUAAGAACACUUGGCUCAAAGAAGGAGAUAGGAACACAAAGGUGUUUCAUGGAUGGGCUCAAACGAGAAAGAUGAAGAACAGAAUAUCUUCGCUCAUGGAUCACAAUGGGGUUGAACACUUCCCUGAAGAUGAAAAAGGAGAAAUCGCGGUGAAGUACUUUGAGGAUCUCUUUCACUCUGCCUCACCUGCUGACGCUUCAGAGCUGCUUGAAGAUUUUGUCCCUAUAGUCACUGAAAGGAUGAAUCAGCUUCUCACAGCUCCAGUCUCUGAUAAUGAAAUUAAGAAAGCAGUGAAGGCUGUCAAGAGUGAUAGUGCGCCAGGAGCCGAUGGGAUGACAGGGAAGUUCUUCCAGAGCUAUUGGAACAUUACUGGAGCUCAGAUUACAAAAGAGGUGAAGGAUUUCUUUGCUGGAGGAGAAUUGCCACAAGACUGGAACUUCACUCAGCUCUGCUUGUUACCUAAGAAACCGAAUCCAACACUGAUCACGGACUUGAGACCGAUAAGCUUAUGUUCUGUCGUAUACAAGAUUAUCUCCAAUGUCUUGUGUGCUAGGUUGAAGAGAAUACUGCCUCAGAUAGUCUCUCCCACCCAAGGUGCUUUCGUUUCGGGUAGACUGAUAUCCGACAAUCUGUUGAUCGCGCAUGAAAUGAUCCAUGGCUUGAAAACGAAUCCUAACUGCAAGGAGGAGUACAUAGCGAUAAAAAUAGAUAUGUCAAAGGCAUAUGAUAGAGUUGAGUGGGAUUUUCUAAAGCUUCUGUUUGAGAAAAUGGGCUUCACGAGAACAUGGAUUGAUUGGGUGAUGAAGUGUGUGCGCUCUGUCUCUUAUACGGUUCUACUUAAUGGGCAAACUCAUGGACACAUUCAGCCUCAACGCGGCAUUCGUCAGGGCGACCCACUGUCUCCGUUUAUAUUUAUACUUUGCGCAGAGGCCCUAGUACACGUGAUGAACCGAGCUGAGCAAAGAGGAGCUAUACAUGGCAUGAAACUAACUCGCAAAUGCCCUUCAGUUCAACAUCUUUUAUUUGCUGAUGAUAGUUUCUUCUUAUGCAAAGCCAACCUUCCGGAAGUACAAGAGUUUUUGCGAUGCUUGAAGUUGUAUGGAGACUCCUCGGGUCAAUUCAUCAACUUCCAGAAAUCGGCAAUAAUGUUUGGCGCGAAUGUUGAUCCGAUCAUGAAAAGACUGAUUGCUGAGAUAAGCGGUAUCGACAAGGAGGGUGGUGAUGGGAAAUACUUAGGCCUCCCAGAGUGUUUUAGUGGAUCCAAGCAACAAUUACUUGCUUUCAUUGGAGAGAAACCGAGCAAGCGCCUAAAGGGAUGGUUUGCUAAGAAGGUGUCUAUGAGCGGGAAGGAGGUCCUCUUAAAAUCAAUUGCCAUGGCACUACCUGUCUACGCGAUGUCAUGUUUUCGACUAACCAAACACCACUGUCAAAAGAUCAUGAGUGCCAUGGCAAGCUUCUGGUGGAAUGCUUGUGAAGAUAAAAACAAGAUCCAUUGGCUAUCCUGGGAUAAACUUUGCAUGUCAAAAGAUAAUGGAGGUUUAGGCUUCCGAGACAUAGAAGAUUUCAACCAGGCUUUAUUAGCCAAACAAGCAUGGAGAUUGAUGAAUGAGCCUAACAGCCUCCUAGCGCAAAUCUACAAAGGGAGAUACUAUGCUUCGAAAGACUUCCUGGAUUGUAGUAAAGGUUUCAGACCAUCUUAUGCUUGGAGAAGCAUCACUUUUGGGAAGGAGUUGCUCAAGAAAGGCCUAUACAGAUCGGUAGGUACUGGAGAGAAUACCUUUAUCUGGACUGAUAACUGGAUCAUGGACUCCACACCACGACUACCAGUGAAUAAAGAGAGAGAUAUUGAGGUCAACAGGAAGGUUUCAUCUCUGCUGAACGUCAAUGGACAAUGGGAUCAGGAGAUACUACAGCGUUUAUUCCCUCCCAAUGAAGUCAGUCGAAUACUGAAAAUUUCUCCAGGGAAUGUUGAGGACAGAGACAUAUGGGCGUUUACAGAUCAGGGAGCCUACACGGUUAAAAGCGGCUACUGGUUUGCAGCAAACGUUGUUAAGAAUCCCACAAUGCAAAGAUCGCAACAAGCCCAGGAAGUUAUAGACCUGAAGAAGAAGAUAUGGAAGGUUAAAACUCUUCCGAAGAUUCGAAUGUUUCUAUGGAGGGCAGUCUCUGGGGCACUUGCUGUUGCAGAGAGACUCAAUACCCGUGGCAUGCAAGUAAACGAGACCUGCAAGCUCUGUAAUGCUGAUACAGAGUCUAUCAAUCAUGUACUCUUCCAAUGUCAACCAGCUAAGGACUUACUGCAGGUGACGAAUUUCCCAGCCGACACGCAACCUCCUAGAAGCUUACUGGAGAACGUCAAGAUUGCGAUCAAAUUGACAGCAGAGGCAAACAUUGGCACUGAGAAGAACAGAGCGAUCCCUUGGUUACUUUGGUCCAUCUGGAAAAACCGCAAUGCGAUUCUAUAUGCAGGGGUGCAGGAGUCCAUUACUGUCAUAAUCAAUCAAGCUCUUACUGAAGAGGCAGCUUGGACAGCCAUCAACUUUCCAACACCACCAAUCAUUGUGGUACCGGACAGACUAGUGAUUACGGACUCUUGGCAGAGGCCACAGCAAGGAGUCAUCAAGUGUAACAUUCACGCUAACUGGAGGAGCGCAGCAUUUUUGAUAGGGGUUUCUUGGAUCUCAAGAGAUCAUCAGGGCAAUGUUCUGCAUCACGCGAGAGAUGCCCUCACAAGUUCCCCGAACAGGAUCGAAGCCGAACUUCGAUGUACAAUAUGGGCGAUGCAAAGUUUAAAAGACUUAGGCUUUCCUCACAUUAUCAUUGGCUUGGACUUGUUAUCUGCGUUUCAAGCCAUUGUCAAUGUUGUGAACUGGCCACGCUUUCGUCAUCUUCUCAGAAGCAUUGACAAGCUCCGAGAAAGCUUCCAAUCGGUGGAGUUCGAACAUGAAUCUCAGUCCACAAAUAUCAUAGCACGCGAUAUCGCCCGAAGUGUUCUGCGAGAUGGCAGGUUCAGGUCUUACAUGGCUUUGGGAGGACCAGCAUGGCUCCACGAUCGAAUACAGAGAGAGGCUGCAAACGUCAAUCUUUAA